AUGGCCCUGCAACAACUUACCGACAUCAUACCCAUCGCUGUUACUGAAGCCUUGAGAUUCACCGACUCUCCUUAUGCCAUCCACACCGCUUCGAACCACAAUGUCUACAAAGAAGAAUUUGAGCCAGUUGUAAAAGCCAUAUCGGACCUAUCUAAUGUGAUCCACACCGUCGACGACGCCAUCAGUGCACUGAUGUCGUGCAAAGCUCAACUCGUCAAAUCGCGAGAUGGCCACUCUAGGCUUGUAUCCGCUCUCUGGAGCAUUCCGGUGGAGAUCAUGGCGGAUAUUUUCCAACUUUCCCUCCGUCCCACGGUGAAGAGGUCUGAUUUGGACAUCGGCGCACUUCAAGGUCGCGGGUCAGUGUUCAACGUAGCGUGCGUGUGCCGUCGAUGGAGGGACAUCUCGCUGUCAACUCCUCGUCUCUGGAAUGUUGUCAAAUUAUCUAUGCCACGCGAACUCAACCCUGUCGCCGCGACGGACACUGUAAACCUUUACGAAGGUGAUCUUGAGAUGCUGAGGCGAGUCGCAGGUAUUCCAUCGUAUCUUGUCGUCGACAGGGAAGAAAAGGCUCCCAUCCCUCCCUCAGUGCAUGUACAUCUGGACGAUGCUUCUCUGGCCCAAUGCUUAGAAGCUUGCUGGGGUUUAAACAUCAGCGAAGCUGUUUUCGCGCUCCAACGUACACUCUUCGCCAAGAUGACUCAUCUCCGUCGCCUCAAACUUUCUGCGUACAACAAGUUAUCCUUCGACCCCACAGUAUACCCGUGCCUCACCCAUCUGUCACUUCGAUUAUACUCGUUUGAUCCGUUGUGGUUCCCCGCCUGGAUCCGCUCCAUUCGCUGUGAUCACAUCACUGUACUCGUGCUGAUCUACGAUCUCCAACCGGAACUCGGUGAACCCAUGGACGUCAAUCUCAAGGGGAUGAUGCAGAACCUUCCUCGCCUUACACAUCUGUUUGUAUCGGCUCCUUAUGUCGAAGCACAGCAACACAACGUUUCAGUAACACACCCAGCCCUUCAAUCACUCGGUAUAAUCACCUUUGACAGUUCAAGGAUUGAUGCCAUUCAAGCCAUACUCCAUAAUGCGACACUCCCCGCCUUAUCCGAGCUCAUCCUCCAGGGCGAUACAUUACACGAGUUCAACCGAAACUUCUUCUCAUCUCUGCUCGAUUUCUGUGCACGCUCACAGUGCCGCUUAGGACGUGUUGGUGUGGUCUCAGGAUGGCACACGCAAAGGGACGCGGGCUAUCAUAUGAGGCGUGUAGUUGACACUUUGCAACAAGCGGUUCCAGGAGUCUUGGUUCACUUGUACUCUAGCGAGAACCCAAUCAAUGCUGAUCUAAACGAAAGGUGGUACGAGCCCUGUCAAGCGGUGUAUGUGGAUUAGAUCUGUCCGAUCAUAGGUUUUGCAUCGAUAUGUCACUUCCAUAGCAUCAGGUUUGUGUAGCGAAGUGAGUAGGCUGUGGGCCGUAGCAAUUGCUGUCAUAGCGGCGGUGGUCAGCAAUCGACUUGAAGUGCUACGAAUAGGAUUUGUAGAUUUGAAGUAUUGGCCAUUUCCAUGUUCAAUGUGUAACGCUUUUGCGCUAGCUAGGACCAAGGCUACGAGCCAUCCGCCUACUUAUGAGUGAUGCGGCCCGGCGCUUAUCGCACACACGUGGAAGUACAUUCUAUCCGGGCGAAUCCGUUGUCGAGCGGACGUCCAUCGGUGCUUCCGUCCCAAUCCUAAUUCACGUCCUAAACCAUCUCCCAGCGCAC